GGAAUGGCUAAGGAAAAUCACUCCUUAGCAGCUGAAUUUAUCCUCACAGGAUUUACAAAUUAUCCAGAGCUGAAGACGCUUCUGUUUGUGGUGUUCUCUGCCAUCUAUCUGGUCACCAUGGUGGGGAAUCUUGGUCUGGUGGCAUUAAUUUACGUAGAGCGUCGUCUUCACACACCAAUGUACAUCUUUCUGGGCAACCUGGCUCUGAUGGAUUCCUGCUGUUCCUGUGCUAUUACCCCCAAGAUGUUAGAGAAUUUCUUUUCUGAGGACAGAAUCAUUUCCCUGUAUGAAUGUAUGGCACAAUUUUAUUUUCUCUGUCUUGCUGAAACCACAGACUGCUUUCUUCUGGCGGCAAUGGCCUGUGACCGCUAUGUGGCCAUAUGCCACCCACUGCAGUACCACACCAUGAUGUCCAAGACACUCUGCAUUCAGAUGACCACAGGGGCCUUCAUAGCUGGAAACCUGCAUUCCAUGAUUCAUGGAGGGCUUCUACUAAGGUUAACUUUCUGCAGGUCUAAUAAAAUUGACCACAUUUUUUGUGAUAUUCUUCCACUGUAUAGACUCUCCUGUACUGAUCCUUCUAUCAAUGAACUAGUGAUAUAUAUCUUUUCAAUACCAAUUCAAAUAUUUACCAUUACUACUGUCUUGAUCUCUUAUCUCUGCAUCCUUUUGACUAUUUUCAAAAUGAAAUCCAAGGAGGGAAGAGGUAAAGCAUUUUCUACCUGUGCAUCCCACUUUCUCUCUGUCUCAAUAUUUUACAUUUGUCUUCUCAUGUAUAUUCGACCAUUUGAAGAAGGAGAUAAAGAUAUACCAGUGGCAAUAUUUUAUACAAUAGUGAUCCCAUUACUAAACCCUUUUAUUUAUAGUCUGAGAAAUAAGGAGGUGAUAAAUGUUCUUAAAAAAAUUAUGAGGAAUUAUAACAUUCUUAAACCAACUUGCUCUAUAGCAAAUUGAUUUUUAAUUUAUUAAAAUGCUUUCAUAAAUAGGGAACAUAGAAAAAUUAAUAUGUGAUUUUACACAAAAUGUAAGCUUCUAAAUCAUUAGGCUAUGUUUGUUUAAAAAAUAUAUCAAUGGAAUUUCAAAAUUGUUUGACAAAUCUUUAUCCAAAUUCCACAACCAGAAUGAAUCGGGGAAACUCACUGGUAACUGUUAUUACUACCUUUCAUGACUCUCAUGGAAUUGUCAGAGAGUAUUAUCCUAAACCUCAAUUAAUCAACAUAGCAUGAAAGUUAAAUGUUUAAAUGUGUAGAAGAGUCUUCUUUGAUUAAUGUUUCCUAGUUAAUGGAAGACAUUAUAUCCAAUCCUAUGUAGAGCAUUUGAAACAUUUAAAAUUUCCUGGCAGAAAAGUGAAAUGAUAGUUUUCUUUCAGAAAACUGACCUGACAGACACAUAUGGAUUACUUUAGAGUGGAAAAGACGAGAAGCAAACUAACUGCAGUAAUUUAUAUUUAAGGUAAUAAAGUUUUAUUUAGAUAAGAUUCCAAGAAUGAAAAAAAUAAAAUGAAAAGGAACACACACACACAUACACAGACAUAUACAGACACAGACACAGACACACACAUACACACAUGC